GAAAAGGAAGAACUACUGCCAAUGAAUGUAUAUGAAGAUGAGGAAGUGGGAAUGGACACAGAACCUUUAUCAUCGUUAUCGCCAGCACCAACUCAACAAGAAGGACAAGAAUUGUCUCGCAAAAAUUUUAGCCUGCAUCAGGAGGUAGAAUCUGAUUCGUCAACCAAUUUGGAUUCAGAUACAGAUGACCACUAUGAUCCUGCAGAAUUUUAUCAUACCCCGCAACCGAAACGACCGCCUCCAACAGAAAAAGUAUUAACAUUCUGUACGAAGGAAAUUGCAAUUCGCGAUAGGCACAAUUUGGUAAUUGCAUGUGGUAGCGAAACAGAAAUUUGGGUACCAUAUCGAUGCCCAUCUGGCAGCGAAUGCUUCCUGUCCACCGAUUCUAGCUAUCGCAUAUGUUGCGCCGUUGCAGAUUCUGUUCGGUAUGCAUAG